UCUUUAUGGAUUGUUUUGAAGUUAUAUCAGCAUUUCUUCUUGGUGCACCGGAACACAGGUUUACACGUAUUGUUUUGUCCAUCCCCUGACUACACCACUGUAUACAAAUUGUGUAAGAUACCAGGUUAUGAUAAUGACACAUAUCGUGUCCAAAGUGACUAUCACCUUACGCUCAUCAACAAUCAGAUACCUCCACCAUCGGAUGAGACCCACACAUAUGAUCAGUGCCAUCUGUUUACAUUCAACCUCACAUCAAUCACGUUCGACAACUCUAGUCAUCCAAUCAAUGCCACGAAAAUACAGUGUACUGAAUGGGUUUAUAGUGAUGAGGUGUUCAAAGAAACAUUUACAUCAAAGCAUAACCUCGUCUGUGAUGAUUCCAGUAAGCCUUCUUUGGCAAAGUCCUUAUUUUUCGUCGGGAUUCUGAUAGGCGCAUUCAGCUUUGGUAACUUAUCAGACGGGAUCGGACGGAAAAAGACAUUCUACUUAGCUGUGGUGCUUAUGCUGGCCUCGACCCUGGCACUAGCGUUCAGUCCUAACUAUGUUGCAUUCGCCGUGUUUAUGACCGCCAUAGGGGCGACAACUCAGGGCGUCUUCCUCGUUGGAUUCGUUAUAGGAAUGGAACUUGUCGGCCCAACAAGGCGGACGUUUACCGGGAUUGUCAGCGAGUACUUUUUCGCUCUUGGUCUUGUGAUUUUGUCUGGAAUAGCCUAUUUCAUUCGUCACUGGAAAUACAUAGAAAUAGUGUGUGCCGCCCCGUUCAGCAUUGUCCUGGCAUACUGGUGGCUGUUACCAGAGUCGCCAAGAUGGCUAAUUUUAAAACAUAGAUACGAAGAGGCUACGAUCGUCCUACAAAAGGCAGCCAGGAUCAACAACGUUGUUUUACCCGAUGAUUUACUACAAACUUCGGACAAAGGAAAGGACGAUGAUACACCAAAAGACGGGAAAAUCUGGCAGCUAUUCACUUCAAGGGUUCUAUUAUUACGAACUUUAGUAAUUUUCAUUAACUGGUGUAUGGUGACAAUGGCCUACUAUGGACUGUCUCUCAACUCCGGUAACCUGGGAGGGAACUUUUACCUGAACUUCUUCCUGUCUGGCCUGGUGGAGUUCCCAGCCUACACCCUGGUCUUACUACUAGUGGACAGGGUGGGGAGGAAACGGUUACACUGCAUCAGUAUGAUCAUGGGAGGGAUGUUCUGUCUCUCCACCAUAUUCCCUAUUCUGUUUUUAGAUGAACGGUACCAGCCUCUAACAACGGCCCUGGCCAUGCUGGGAAAACUUGGGGCUGCGGCUGCCUUCGCCAUCAUUUAUAUGUACUCUGCAGAGCUUUUCCCAACCGUUGUGCGUAACGCUGGGAUGGGGGCAAGUUCUUGUAUUGCGAGAUUGGGGGCCAUUGCAGCUCCAUUUAUUGCUGAUUCGGGAGAUCGCAUCGGAGGGAAAUUGGGCAAAGCUUUUCCCUUGGUCGUGUUCGGAGUAGCAACAAUUGUGGCUGGCGUUCUCGCUUUGCAUUUACCGGAAACACUGAAUCAGGAUCUACCAGAAACUAUCGAAGACGGCAUUUUGUUUGGAACGCCUGCUUACAAAGCCAAGAAAGAGGACGUAACUAUAUUGGCAACCAUUAAUACCGCAUUUACCAACGAUGAGGAUACGGUCACAUCACAAAUCAAUGGCGAAACGGUCUCUAAACUAUGAAUGAAACAAUUGAUAUGUAUGUGAACUAUAUUACUAGACAGUAAACCUUGUCAUUCUUAUCACGUACACUUCUUCAUCGUUUUACAAGCUUAAUUUUUGGACAUUGACCGGUCAACAUGAGUUGAUGGAGACUAUUUGUAUUGACUGUCCACUUCAGUGUUAUUGUGAAGGGCGCCACCAUAUAGGGACUUUUACACAUAAAAGGACACUGGAAAUGUUUACUAUAUGUAAACUGAGGGCUUUAUUGCUACUAUUCUUAGACGCUUGGUCUUCUGGUACGAUGAGAGCAUACAUCAUGUUCGGACGAGAGCGUGACUUAUUUAUGCACCCUUCAUCAUCAGUGCACGA